AUGAAAGUCUUUGCAUCUCUUCUUCUAUUGGCAGUCUUAGCCAUAUUAGUAGUAGACGCUUACGUACCACCAGUAAAGAAACCUCAUCCUAACGUGCCAAAGUUCCCAACUUUCCCAGGUCAAGGCUCAUUCACUCCUUUCAGUUAUCGUAUCCGUCGUUCACCCCAAAAUAAUGGCCAAAUUUCCGUGAACGGCAAGAAAGAAGGUGGACAAACUUCUUGGAACGUGGAAGGUCAGAAAAAAGUUUGGGGAAAUGACCACGGUAGCAUCCAUAUCAGUGGUGGAGCCAACAAACAGCCUGGUGGCAAACCCCAAGGACAAAUUGGUAUUGGUGGUGAAUUCCAUUGGGGUUAA